UUUUUCAAAUAUCUGAUUAAACGACUAAUCAACAAGAAAUAUUAAUCAAGAUGGCAGCAACGAAUGUGAACAAAUGACAGCUAGCACCUGCCACUACUGUACGUUAUAAAAUUUACUAUUAUCCAUAGGUGGCUAUAACUACGUUAAAGUAUUUUACAAAAUAUAAAUUAAUGUAAACAUUCUGUAUAAAUUUAAUUUUAUGGAACGUAUACAAGAAUAAUACAUUUAUUCGUUCCUCUAUAUCAUAUACUUAAACUUUGGGUUAAGUUAAUAGGUUAGAAAUUUAUAGAAUGCUGGGAAAAUUGAAUACAAAUUAAAUGUAUGUUUGUGUGUAUGUGAAUUCUUUUGGAACGAGAAAAAAAUAUGUAACUGUUCGAAAAAAAGUUGCUUAUCAAAUUCAAUCUAUUCAAUCAAUUCAAUUCUACAAUAAGUAAUACGACAUUAAGACGAAUUAUUAUUUCUUGCAUUAUCAUACAAUGCUAUUACACAUGUGAUUAUUUUAUUCGAUUGAAAUAUUUGAAAAAUUCAUCAAAAUGAUACAUUACGGACCCUGGAUUCAUCAACAAGCUAUCUUAGAUAACCAUCAGUAUUAUGCUCCAUAUAUCACUGUGAUGCCACAAUUUCAACAUCGUAAUCAAGAACAACAAGAUUUGGAUGAAGAAGAAAGCGAACAAACUGGAGAUGAAACGCAUGAUACAAUGACUUCUGCUACAUCAGGAGAACGCAGUUCUAGUGCUGAUCUUUUCAGAUUACAAUUCGCAGCAACGCAAUGGUCUAAGUUAGUUUCUAAUGCGGAAGGAUUAUUUAAUAAACUUAUGACAAGCAAUAUCUUACCACAUACAGAACAAGAUCAAAUUGAGCAAUGGCUUUGUAUGAAACAGGAAUAUGAAGAAUGUAUUACCAAUGACGAUGCAACUAGUUUACAUGGUUUUCCUGAAAAUACAAGAAAAUCUUUAGAAAGAAUCGAAGAGGUAACAGAAACAGAUGAAAAAACAGACGAAUCUAUAAAUAGAGCAGAAUUGAAAAAUAAUUCGAAUAGUUCAUCAGUCACUGAUAGUGAUAUAUCAGAACCUGAAGAAGACGAUGAGGACGAGGACGAUCAUAGCGAUGUAAGCUCAGAAAGUCCAGACUUUUUAGAAAAGCUCGAUGAAUGUAUGAAUAAAUUAAAAAUGGAUACAGAUACAAUUGUUGAAUCCAAGAAAGAUAUAUUUAGAGAAAUGAACAUAGAAAUCAUUCCAAAUAUGAUAAAAUCUAUAAAUACGAAUAAUAAUUACGUUUCCUUAGCGAAACCGAUUCCUGCUAGAAAUCCAAAUUCCAGACGAAAUUCUAUGCUUCCAGGUUCCGAAAUGUGUAAUGAAGUACUAGCUUUUAAUGAUAAUUUUAAACCAUAUAAAAAUCAUAUGCUUAAUAAAAAAGCCACUCAAUUCACUGAUGCUAAUAUCUUCGACAAUUAUGAAUCUGUAACACAUGGUAAUGAAAAUCUUACUGUUCAAAAUGAUAACUCUCCAGAUUUAUUAAUAGAUGCUCUUAAAACUACAGAUGUGCCAGAACCAAUCAAAGAAUUAAAAUCAUUAACAUUAAAUAAUGAAGCUAAGCAAACACAGGUCAGAAAGAUUCAGUCAGAUUUAGAUGGAGCUCAUAAACGUAUCGAAGAAUUGCAAACGACUAUAAAGAUCAAAGAACGUUUUAUUGCAGAUAUGAUAAAAAAUUCUGAUGCUAGAGCAAGUGCAAAAUAUAGAUUUCAAAGAAAAUGGAGUAAACUAGAGGAAGAAUAUUACAAUACUAGAUCUCAAUUAGCACAAGCAGAAAAUGCAUCUAUAUAUAAAGAUUCUGAAGAAAAGUCAGCUCAUAAAAAGGAAAUUGAGUUAUAUAAAAAUAUGGCGAUACAUUAUGAAAAAAGAUUAAUGGAUAUUGAAAUGAUAAAACAAAUUGCUGGCGAUUCGGCUAAGAAAGUUUUGGAACUUGAAAGUUCAUUGAAUACAUCUAAAAAACAAAUGGAAAAAUUGAAAAAGCAAUUGAAAAAGGAGGAAGAACGAAAAAGAGCAUUAGAAGAAGAAUUAGCAGAAGAUCAGAAAAAGAUUCGUGAAUUGGAAGAGAAAUAUAAUCUAACUGCGUCCAAGUUAAAAGAAAUGCAAUCAGAGAGUGAAGAUGAAAAGAAUAAUACUAAAUUAAAAACUGAUUGUUCUGAGAAGAAGAAAAAUUUACAAGACGUAAGUGCUAGAAUAUCUCACCUUGAUCAUGUCUUAAAAGAAAAAUCAAUGGAUUUGGAGAGAACAGCAGAUACGGAUGAGAAGGAAGCACUUCGUCAUGAAAUUCGAAAUUUAAGACGUACGAGAGAUUGCCUAGUUGAUGAAAAAUGUGAUCUGGAUGAAAAAUUUCAAAAAGAAAAGACUUUAAGUACAGUCGAAGAACGACAACUGUUAGAAUGUGGAGAAACAAUCGAAGCGAUCGAUGCUAUGAUAGAGCAUAAAAAUGAAAUGAUCUGUGGACGAAAAGGUUUCGAUGAAAAUCAAUCUCAGCGUGAAAAGGGGGAACGUAUGUUGAUGGAACGAUUGGCGAAACUUUCUGAUGGUGAAAUGAGAACGUUGUUUUAUAAAUAUUUUCUUAAGGUGAUUGAUCUGAAAGAAAGUUCAAAAAAUUUGGAAGUCCAAAAUGCUGAACUUGAAACUCACGUAGAGGCUCAAGAAUGGCGUAUACAAACUUUAACUAAUGCUUUAAAGCAGACAAAAUUAGAAGCCGAAAGGAGAAUUGUAUUAAUGCAAAGAGAGCACGAAGAGAAAUUACAUUUAAUGUUUAGGCAUAUUGCGGAGGAAACAAGUAGUUCAGGACAUGAGAGAUUAGAUAAGGAUUCUGAAUUAGCGAAAUAUAAAAGAGAGAAUCGAAUUUUAAGAAAACGAUUAGCAGAUGUUGAAGCUUUGCUUAAAGGUCCAACAGCACCACGUACGGCAAGUCCAGCAAGAAUUCCACAACAGGGAUUGAAACAAAUUGCUGCUGCUGGUCGUCCUAUAACCAAAGUAACUAGGCAACGUAAUAAACUCAUAAUACAAAAAACUACUGACUGUGACAAGAGAAAACAGUGAGUUUUAUUUAGUUAUUUAUAUUUUUCUAUUUAUAUAAAAAAAGAAUUUAUUUCCUUUUUGUUAUAUAUUUAACAUGAAUUUUUUUCUAUGAAAAUUAGUAAAAAUUGAGAUGAGAAAUUAACUCUUUAUACUAAUAUUUGUCUUCUUAUAAUUAAUCAUUUAUCAUCUCGUUUACAUGUAGUAAUAAGUCAUAAAUGUUGGCAAUGUAUUAAUAUAAAAAAAAACCAAAUGUAUGCAAAGUAAAGACAAAAAUGUGUAAAGGAUUAAUUCUAUUAUUCAAAUACCGUAGCAUAUAUUAGGUAAGAUUAGCAUUUACUUUCUGAGCUAUAUAUAAUAUUGUGAAUUAAAAUAUUAAAGAAAAAAACAUAUAUAUAUUAUGUAAUCUUCACAAAUUAGAUGUUUUCCUAGCUAAAUAUAACUUUCUAAAAUAUAUUGUUCCAUCACAUUAAUAUUUGUUUUAUUAAAAUACAUUACAUAGGUUCAUGAUUAUUCAUUAUUAAUGUUAAAAAUAAUUUUAUUUUGUAAAACUAUGUAAAAGAUAAGAAUUAUAAAAUUAUGCAGCAUUGCAAUUAUUUAAUUAGACAAAAUAAUUUGAAGAUUGUAAAAUUCUUUUCCGUUAAUGUAAAAAUGGAGUACUUAUAUUAAGUCCAACUUGUUAAAAGACAUAAUUAUGUGUAUAAUAUGAAUUAAUAAUUUAAUUAUUAUUACAUAAGGUUUAGUAGAAAUUCAUUAUAUAUAAAUAUUAUAUGUAAAGAGUUUAAGUCGAAUGCAUGUUACGACUUACUGUAUGUUUAUAUUAUACAAAUAGAAUAUGCACCGUAUACAUACACCUGCGGAAAUUUAAAUCCAUAAUUUGUUGAACACAAUAUGUAUAAUUCUAUAAACUAUAAUAACUUUUGAAUCUCAUUUAUUAUAGUAUUUAUAUGAAUUUCAUAUAAUUGAUUCAUUAAUUAUUUGUUUAUAUAUAUGUAUAUUUAAAAUUGUCGUUAAGUGCAGAAAAUAUUU